UGCUUUCAUUGUAUUUCUGCUGUCUUAAGGCUUUAAAAUGCCUGAGCCAGCGAAGUCCGCUCCCGCCCCGAAGAAGGGCUCCAAGAAGGCGGUGACCAAGGCGCAGAAGAAGGACGGCAAGAAGCGCAAGCGCAGCCGCAAGGAGAGCUACUCCGUCUACGUGUACAAGGUGCUUAAGCAGGUGCACCCCGACACCGGCAUCUCGUCCAAGGCCAUGGGCAUCAUGAACUCGUUCGUGAACGACAUCUUCGAGCGCAUCGCCGGCGAGGCCUCUCGCCUGGCGCACUACAACAAGCGCUCGACCAUCACGUCCAGGGAGAUCCAGACGGCCGUGCGCCUGCUGCUGCCCGGGGAGCUGGCCAAGCACGCCGUGUCGGAGGGCACUAAGGCGGUCACCAAGUACACCAGCUCCAAGUGAACUUGCCAAGAGGAACACACAGCCUCUAGACAUCUCUCCACCUCUGCUUCCCCUGAUGGACCCUGCUUUAUCUCACAAGUCAAACCAUGAAAAUGAGUGACAGUGGAAAAAGACAAAUGGAGGUACAUUUAACAAUCACGGAAGGAACCAUAGACACCUGGCUGAAGAACUCAUUUCUUGUUUUUCUCCCCUGAGUGUAAGAGUGUUAGAUAUUCCUGUAGAAAUUUGUGAAAAGAGAAACAUUAAAACAACAACAACAAAAAAAAA